UCCUGCUCUCCAUUUCCAUCCUCUCUUUAGCCGACUGGAGACAGCUAUAACUUCGCCUUCAUCUCUCUCUCAAAUUCUCUUUCUCGAAGUAGCAGAGAAUGAACGAAUAGCGUUCUUUGAUCUGCUGGACUUGCUUUCGACAUUGAGGCAGUGUUUAGUCACUCCUUUGAAACCGAAGCUAUAACGGCACUUCUGUGGUGUUUCUGCGACAAUAAUUAUUUUGAAUGGUUUGUGUGUAGAUCUGAAUGAUAUGGAGCACUCGAGUUGAUGUCUGAUUCCAUUCCGUGUACCGUGGUGUGAUAGAUUUUUUUUGGGAUCCACAGAGAAAAUAGAACAUGGCGUUAGGCAAAUACUCUAGAAUAGACAACAAUAGAAGAUCGUCCUCGAGCUAUUGUUCGACAGUGACGAUAGUGGUAUUUGUGGCUCUCUGCUUGGUUGGGGUAUGGAUGAUGACAUCGUCCUCGGUGGUUCCUGGUCAAAAUGAUGUGCCUGCUCAGGAAAACAAAAAUGAGGUGAAGGAGAAAGUGAUUGAUAGCACGCCUAGCAAUACUGGGCAGACUGAUAGCACAGAGAGCAACGCUAGGCAGUUUGAAGAUAGUCCUGGUGACUUGCCUGAGGAUGCAACAAAAGGAGAUAGUGAGAAAGAGGGUGGGGAUUCCAAGACACAAAAUGCAGAAUCAGAAGCUGGUGGAACAAAAUCAGGUGACAGUCAGACUGAUUCAGGUGGACAAGGAGAUUCUGAAGAUAAUUCAACUGAGAAAAAAACUGAUUCAGAUGACACUGAGAAGAAGUCUGGUUCGGAUGAGAGCAAUCAGAAGUCUGAUGAUGACGGUGACAAAAAAUCUGAUUCGGAUGACUUGAAAGAGAAUGAGAAAAAAUCUGAUGCAGACAGCAAUGAGACUAAAUCGGGGGAGAACUCAGGCGAAACAACAGAUGAAGAGAAAGUGGGUGAUCAAAUUGAGGAGAAGGUGGAUGACGCUAAUAAAAAAGAGUCAGAUAAUAGUUCAGAUGAGCAGAAGGAUGGUGGAAAGGCCAGUAACCUGAGUUCAAAUGAGGUAUUUCCUUCAGGGGCUCAAUCGGACCUUUUGAAUGAAACCACUACUCAGAAUGGCUCAUGGUUAACUCAGGCGGCAGAAUCGAAGAAUGAAAAGGAAGCUCAACAGUCUUCGAAGCAACAAUCUGAGUACACUUGGAAACUCUGCGAUGCCACUGCUGGGCCUGAUUUCAUCCCAUGCCUAGACAAUUGGCAAGCAAUUAAGAAUCUUCCAAGUACCAAGCACUAUGAACAUCGAGAGAGGCACUGCCCUGAAGAACCCCCCACCUGCCUUGUCCCGCUUCCUCAAGGAUACAAACGCUCGAUUGAGUGGCCUAAAAGCAGAGAAAAGAUCUGGUAUUACAAUGUUCCUCACACAAAGCUUGCGCAAGUCAAAGGACAUCAAAAUUGGGUCAAAGUCACUGGUGAAUAUCUUACUUUCCCUGGUGGUGGAACACAAUUUAAGCAUGGUGCUCUUCAUUACAUUGAUUUCAUAAAUGAGUCUGUGCCAGCUAUUGCAUGGGGUAAACGUACUCGUGUGAUUUUGGAUGUUGGAUGUGGGGUUGCUAGCUUUGGAGGCUAUCUCUUUGACCGAGAUGUUCUUGCUAUGUCAUUUGCCCCUAAAGAUGAACACGAAGCCCAAGUGCAAUUUGCUCUGGAAAGGGGAAUCCCUGCAAUAUCUGCUGUUAUGGGCACAACAAGACUUCCAUUCCCAGGCAGAGUCUUUGAUAUUGUCCAUUGUGCACGCUGUAGAGUCCCAUGGCACAUUGAAGGUGGUAAACUUCUUCUGGAACUGAAUCGUGUGCUGAGACCUGGUGGUUUCUUUGUGUGGUCUGCUACUCCUGUUUAUCAGAAACUUACUGAAGAUGUUGAAAUUUGGAAAGCCAUGAGUAAGCUAACCAAAGCCAUAUGCUGGGAACUUAUAUCCAUUAGUAAGGAUACAGUGAAUGGGGUGGGUGUAGCGAUAUUUAGAAAACCUACUUCAAAUGAUUGCUAUGAGAAAAGACCACAACAAGAUCCUCCAAUCUGCUCACAGUCGGAUGAUCCAAAUGCAGCCUGGAAUGUGCCACUACAAGCAUGCAUGCAUAAGGUGCCUACAGAUUUGUUAGAACGCGGCUCUCAGUGGCCAGAGCAAUGGCCCGCAAGGUUGGAUAAGACUCCUUACUGGUUAUUGGAUACGCAGACUGGAGUUUAUGGUAAACCAGCUCCAGAAGAUUUCACUGCGGACUAUGGGCACUGGAAACAAGUGGUGUCAAAGUCAUAUCUGAAAGGAAUGGGAAUAAACUGGUCUUUGGUGAGAAAUGUCAUGGACAUGAGAGCUGUCUAUGGAGGAUUUGCUGCUGCCUUGAAAGAUUUGAAUGUGUGGGUCAUGAAUGUGAUCUCAGUAGACUCUCCGGAUACGCUACCUAUAAUUUAUGAACGAGGCCUAUUUGGUAUUUAUCAUGACUGGUGUGAAUCAUUUAGUACCUAUCCUCGAUCCUAUGAUCUUCUCCACGCAGACCAUCUCUUUUCCAAGAUUAAAAAGAGAUGCAGUAUGGCGGCUGUGAUGGUAGAGGCCGACCGGAUCCUUCGGCCAGAAGGAAAACUUAUUGUAAGGGAUAAUGUUGAGAUCAUUACCGAACUGGAGAAAAUGGCAAGGUCGAUGCAGUGGGAGGUUCGAAUGACUUAUUCCAAGGACAAGGAGGGCUUGAUGUGUGUCCAGAAGUCCAUUUGGCGGCCCAAAGAGGUCGAGAAACUCACAUAUGCUAGUGUUUAGUCACUUGCCCGUAAUCUCUAUCCAUUCUCGAGAUAGUAUUGCCAACGCGAUGCAUGGUUUCUGAACCUCCAUGUUUGCUGAUGUAUCAUGUUUGUUAGUCCUUCAGGUACAACGUUUUACAAUUUUUCAUAGAGUUAAAUAUAUUCUAAUCCAUGGUUGGUAUCCAAGUUUUCACUGUAAUAUUAUACGCGCUACCGCUGCAAAAUUGCAUUAUUGGAAGUGUAAAUUUCAUUUAUUAGCAAUUUGGGCUGAAAUCAGUUUCUUUUGGGUGUUUUGUGGGUGACAUUUUUAGUGGGGAUUGUGCGGUAUUCGAUACUCGAUAGCGCUCAUUCACUGAA